GCAUUGGCAAUCUGAGGUUCGCGAUGGGAAACCGAGAUCGCCAUGACGGUAUCGAUAAGGCUGCCUGCAAGGUGAUAAGAUAAGGCACUGCCCCUCCAUUGGCCUCCGGACAUCGCUCUCGGCAACAAGACAGCUUUACUUGAGUGAGAUCAGGAGCUCCUCGAUUUCAUGAUGCCCAAGAGUACCUGGAGUAUGCAUGGCAUUUCCCACUGCUGUAAAUAACUGUAAAUAACUGUAAAUAGCGGUUUGGACUAAAGGAUCAUCUAGCGCCCAACCUAAUUCCUGUGGCGCUACUUUUUGGCGGCCAGGAGGGGUCCCUGAACAAAAGACAAACCCCACCGGCAACCUCCGUUCGGACAUGUCACAUGCGCCCCGCGCUUCUAUAUUCCUACGUACUGCGAAGUGCGAACCAAAACUUAUACUAUACAUAGACCAACCACUGCAUAGUCUCACAUAUCCUCAGCAGCCAUCACCAUGGCACCGCAGCAAGAGUUUCCCCCCGUGCGCGCCUGUCUCUUCGACAUGGACGGCCUCCUCCUCGACACCGAAGACCUCUACACCAAAGCCGUCAACAUCAUCCUCGACAAGUACGCCCGCGAACCGCUCCCCUGGUCCAUCAAGGCCAAACUCCAGGGCCGCCCGGGCCCCGCCUCGGUCCAGAUCUUCCACGACUGGGCCAAGCUGCCCAUCAGCCAGGAGGAUUACGUCGCCCAGAACCAAGCCCUCCAAAAUGAGCUCUUCCCCUCGGCGGGCCCUCUCCCCGGCGUCGUCGAACUGCUGCGCGACCUCGGCCGGACAAAGGACGUGCAGGACAAGCAGAAGAGGGUGCACAUUGCGCUGGCGACGAGCUCACACAAGGGCAACUUUGAGCUCAAGACGGGUCAUCUCCAGGAUCUGUUCUCCGUGUUCCCCUCGCAUCGUCGGGUCCUAGGCGAUGAUACCCGUCUCCAGCCCGGACGCGGCAAACCCCUCCCGGACAUCUUCCUGUUGGCGCUCAAGACGAUCAACGACUCGCUCGACCCUGAGGAGAAGCCCAUCGCGCCCGAGGAAUGUCUCGUCUUUGAGGACUCUGUCCCCGGUGUCGAGGCUGGGCGUCGCGCGGGCAUGCGUGUCAUCUGGGUCCCGCAUGUCGAGCUGAAGAAGCUGUAUAACGGGCGCGAGGGCGAGAUUCUCGCGGGUCGCAUGGCCGAGGCCGGCGAGGUGGACAUGCACCAGGUUGGGGAGAUUGAUGACGGGUGGGGUGAGCACAUGUCUUCGUUGGAGAACUUCCCUUAUGGGAGGUAUGGGAUGGAGAUCCCGGGUGUGAAUGCUGCUAUGUCGUGAUGAUGAGCGUGAUGGCGCGUAGACAGAUUAGACGAGCCAACAUUGGGAAUAUAGAAGCUAGACCAUCCUUCUGCACAUUAAAGGAGGACACGACUUUUUAAGCAUGCGUGAGACAAUAUUCCUCAGUCAGGAAGCAUGAUUGAUCAGACAUGUAGAUACAAUAAGUAAGA